CGCUUGCUCAUUCGCGUUUCAUCUCUUGACGAGGCAGUUGGUGUGUUUUACACAGUCCCCGAACGCGCGUCAUGGCCAAAGCGGCCUCCCAGGGUGGUCCAACUUACCCCCUCAUCGUCAUCACUGUAACCAGCAGCCACUACUCAAACUGAACGGAUCCAAGAGCCAACGGCCAAACCAACAACAACUACAACUAGUAAUCCUUGUGACAAAACAGUUCCGAGGUGUGUGCGUGUGUGUUUGUGGUGCGGUAUUGAACGAAUCGCCCGGAGGUAGAGCGAGAAGGUGAGAAUUCCUGGAAGAAUGUUUUAAAAAUAGCUGGUGAUUAGGAUCUCGACGCCAAACGUGCCCCAGACCGCCAAUCCGCCGGAACUAGAGUUUCCGGAGUUCCACCGACAAACUGUACAACGUUCAUCUCACAAUCGGAUAGUUUGAAACAUUACGGGAAUUAGUGUUGUCUGGAAUCGGUGGUGAAAGUGCUGUGAAAACAAGUGAAUAAAACAAGUGGAAAAACAACUCUAAAAACAGUUCGGAUUAUAGCGACAGUUUCCGAUUUUUGAUCCCAUACCGUAGUUCUAGGAGCUGUGAGUGAGUUUACCAGGCGAAAUUGUACGUGUUGUUCGGGAAAGAACGAAACAGAAAGCAGUAGGGAAGCGAAAAACUCGAAUCAAGAGCAGGCUGAAAAACCACUGUGUCUACUUUUGUACACUAAUAAACAAGAGAAAAAACACGGAAAACAAGCCCAAAUUGAGUGAAAUGGUUCCCUAAACGAAUAGUAAUCUGAUUAAAUCUUUGAUGAUAACCGUGCUCGAAAGUGUAACUCUAAAACGGAAUUCGACAAAAUCAUUUCGCUGAAGUUGAAGUGAAGAACUCGGGAUAACGAAUUUCAUAAUCGAUAUCGAAAAAGGACUGAGAGCAAGCAACAAGGAUUCACGCCAGUGUGCUAAAAAUAGACCUUCUUUGGGUGGUUGAUGUGUAGCUUUUGUACGGAUAUUCGUUGGUAUGGGACAAACGUUUUAUCCAAGAAGGUUGGAAAAAACCCGCAGUUACUUCGUAGGAUUUGACUUCUAACCGUUACAGUAGCUACCGUGAAACUCCCCCCCAUUCGGUUUGGGGAUUUGAACCUGUUGAUUAACUUGUUACGUGUGCGUGUGAUUCGGUGGUUUGUCCGUUGUCCGUUGGGCGCACACGCAAGGUCAUUCGUGUGUGUGUUCGGUUUUUCGCAAUUUUCACUCAAACCAUCCCCCGAAAAAACCAGGCCCCGUUAAAACUCUCGCCCACGCGACGAUCUUUGAACCGACUAAAAACUGUACAUAGAAUUAUCAGAAAGAUGUUCCGUGAGAUCUUACCUAUCCUGGCCUACAUGAGUGUGCUAUCCAGCACGUACUCGCUGCACAUGGCACGCGAUGCCUACAUAAAGGCGCCACCACCACCUCCACCCGCCGCCCAGCUGCUAGAGGAACUGGAUGACAUGUCCGCACUGUUGGCCGAGAACAGCAUUCCUGCCGGUCCCCCGCAAUUGCACUCGAAAUCAUAUCAUCUCAGUGCGAUGCAACAACAACAGCAGCAGCAGCAGCUACACACGAUCGGUGGAGUAUCUGCCGGAGUUCCACAUGGGGUCGUAAUCAAUCAUCUAACCAGUAACGAACUGCCCGAACUGAGUCCACCACCGGUACAUCACCCGGUCGGUCCACUAGUUCAACCUCGGGGUCUGCAGGAACUUUUCGGUGUACAGACCAACUACAAUAUACGCUCCGUUCAUCAGCAAUCAUCGCUGCAGCAGCAAACGUCAGACGCUGAAGGUGACAACAACGAUUUGGCCAGCGACAAAGAUUUCCAGCGAAAUCCCAACAACAAACGAUCGUCCCAUAGUAACAUUAACAAUGGUAGACCAUCGGGCAGUUCCAUGGACGGCGGAAUAGGUGAUGGUGGUGGACCAAUGAUGAAUGAUGGUUCCAGCAGUAGCGGCAGCAGCAUCAGCAGCAGCAGCGGCAGCAGUGGCGGCGGCAGCAAUGGCGGUCUGCCGCCCAUCCCGCAUGGCAUGGCAAGCCAGCUGAUGUUGCGCAGUGCACGCGGCCAGCGGCAGUACGAUGUUCCACAGAUCGAAUGUCCACCAGCGAUGGACGGGAUGGAGCGGUUCGCCUGUCCGACGCCCGAUCGGCAAGGUCGCUAUCGAUGUAUAGACGACCACGUGCUCUGCGACGGUUUCAUCGACUGCCCCGAAGGCGAGGACGAGGACCGACAAGCGUGCAUGUUCUACAAAACGACGAAAGCACAUCUGGAUGUGUUAGCCGACGCCUUAUUGCGAUGGGCACGAGGGCGUUAGGUUGUAUAAAUAGUAACAAGUAAACCAAACACAACACACGGAUGGACAAACAAACAACAACUGUAGAGACAAAGCACUAUUUUUAAGAGGAAAGAAUCUAACUGGCAACUAGGGAAGACAAAUAACGACAUUCGAGAAGCAUCCGGAGGGAGUUGGAAGAAUCUGGAUGGAAAGCUGUACAUAGAGGAAAACAAUUCAAAUAGAUAAAAAAGUAUAUACAUAUAUAUUUAUUAAGGACACUCGCGGAAGCACAGAAAAGAUCGGCAGGAGCAGCAACAAUAACAACCGAUACGACAAGAGCUGUGGAUUAGAGAUCCUACAGUGAGAAACAGAUAACCCCAAAACGACUAAAUCGAGAGUGAUGCGGACGAAACAAAUAUUGACCAUUCUUUCCUGUCAGUUAGUGACAGAUUAACGUUAAGUGAGAGAAGAAAAAAGAACAGUAAAAUCUUAAACUGUGCAUUGCGCAAAUAUUGCGGUGAUGAAACGAAGCACUAAGAAGUGAGAACAACUGUAAGUACAUUGAAGUGUAUCAAAAGAAAGCAAACCAAAGUAUGUGUAUUUUUCUACUAAUUUCAAAAAAGUUAUCAGUCACAUGGAUACCUAAACCAAGCUGAGCGAGAGCGAGACAAAUGCUAAAAGCACUCGACAGUCGACAACACACGAAACGAUCAAAAACGAUAUUUUCUCACUAAUUCGGUAUAAGAGACUUUGUUCCGAUCGAUAUAGUGUUCAUGCGUGCACGGGGUGACAGUAUUCUGACAGCACUCCUGAUCACAUGGGUUUGUUUGGUUUUCGCACAGACAAACAGAACAAAAACGAACUUUUACUAUACCCUCUGUGGAAGAAUCUUGUAAAAAAUACCAACAUUCAAGAUCGUUCAAGUUAUGGAAUUAAAUCAGAUAAAACUAAAAUCUUGCGGAAAACUAUUCUCAUGGACAAGGCAGCUAUAUUGUAUAGAUAAGUCACAAUUUUAACGAAUCAAAUGAAUCCAAUCUUAGUGAACUUUAAUAAUAAAAAUUCACACCUAAGCGAUAAGAGAAUUCUUCACACUCCCACACAUACUAUCGACAACACCACAUGUACAUACAAACGCAAAAACAACACUCCCACUGUCCACUCGCAAUCUUCUACAAACUACAAAACUGCAGCCGUACUUGAGUGCGUGCGCAGAGCAAAAGAUAUCGUGUCACAAUCCACUUAUACAAUAAAAAUAACCAUAUGUAGAACACAAAUGAGGUUACAAAAACCAACAACUAACGUAAGCCUAGAGGCUAUUGCCACUUGCCAAACCGAACGGGAAGGCCCGUGUGUUGAAAAGCUAGGAAGAAAAAACAAACCAAACAUACAAGACGGAAAAAAAGACAAGUUCGCGAAGAUCUUAUUUUAGUCAAACUUUUAGUUACACUAUUAUUGAAUAUUUUGUUCUGGCGAGCGACAGGUCGUUAAUGUAAAUAGUAUAAACCAAACAGAACAAAGUACAUAACUAACCCAAGCUAGCAUUCAUGUGAAAAUGUAAUGUUUUAAACGUAAUGCACCGUGACAGAUAAACGAUAGGAAACCAUUUACCCCGCUUGCGAUUUUGUUUAUGGAUAAAACAUUCCAUUUUUUAGGCUGCCAUGUUUUCUUGUUUGUUACUAAUAAUUUAAGUUCAGUAGUUUGUGUGGCACGAAUUUACCAGUAGGCUUGGUCGACUGGGUUUCGAUUCACCACCAUAACAGGCUACGAAGCAGAAAAUAUACCGUGAUACAUUCAACGCCGUAUAUGUCAGUUGAUAGCUAAAACUAUGUUGAAACGAGGCAACCCAGUUGUUAGAAUCAAAAAGAAAAAAAAACGGUGACUGAUUAAUGAAAUGGUUAAUGUUACUAGUAUGAAAGCUUGAAAAUAUGAAAUUUUGAAAAAAAAAUCAAACAAAAAAAAAGAUGAUAAAGAACAUAUAUUUUUGAUUAUUUUAUUUUGAUGUUUCCGAGAGUGAUAGGCCGAUCGAAUCAGCUGACAGCAAGUUUUAUUCACCGCUACCUGGUGAAGAAACACGAAAACAAUCAACUCUGGAUGUUGGGAGUUUUAAACAACAUGCACUAUUGGUUGUGGAUCAUUGUUCGGCCAAAUUUUGUUCUUGUUUCAAACAAAAAAAAAACAAAUCCUGAAAACAAUACCCACUUACAUGCCAUUCAAACGAACACACAAACAAUUUAAACGUCAAUAUUUAAAUUGAAAUUAAACCAAAGCAACACGAAAAAUAUAAAUGUCUAUUUGCACAAUAUAUCUUUACAGGAGAGAACACAAAGAAAAAACAAUUUCUUAUAGCAAAACAAGACGCAAGGCAUGAAAUAAUAAUCAGAAGAAACAACUCAGAUGUGAGAAGUAAACAAAAAACAGAGUGUCUCUAGGAUGCCGAUAUGUUAGCAUGUGUAAAGCAGGAUUAAAAUAUUCAAAAUUGUCGAAAAGCACUAUUCCUUUCCGUUAAUGGAAGACGCUAGCAGGUCUUCGUAAGACGCUAACCAAUGUGCCGUUAGAUGGAAGAUUUAUUUGAAUACCCACCUCUAGGUUAAUUUUUAAUCAUCAUUUCAAAGUUAACAAGUGCAAGACUACUAAUUGGAAUCGACAGUAAAUCAUAACAAAAAUUGGAAGAAAAUCGGUAUGAGAAGAGAACAAAAUCUGGGCAAAAAACGGUGAAACAAAAAUCAUGCGCUUAAAAAUCCAAUCGAAACCCAGGUGUUUAUGGUAAUUAUAUCCAGUAAACACUCUUCUUUCAGUCUGCUUGCCUGCCUGCCUGCCUGCCUGCCCGUCUGACUGUCUGUAUGCCUGCCUGUCUGUCUGUCACUGGUUUUGUCGAUGUUUUCCUUUUUUUUACUAUCGAAUUAUGCGACAUUGAACGAAGAAAUGUCAGAAACAAUUGUUUUUUUUUCACAUAACUCAUAACAUCGCAGUUUUUUGUUAAAUUAUGGCAUUUCACGAUUCAAACUAGAUGAAGAUACUGAAAAUUUUAUGCGUUCAGGAAUCUACAUACUUCAAAUGAUUUUUCAAAAUUUCUCGAUUUUACGAUGAGUUGGAAGUCGCUGAAAAUAACACACGUCUUUUGAGACCGACAUAUACGAGCAUUGAGUAUGAAACAUGUUUACGAUUGACUUCAUAUAAUAUUCAUGCAUUUUGAUCUAUUUUGACAUGCUCAAAACUGUAAUAUUAAAUGAGCGCAUGAAAGCUUAUACCGUUUUCGUUAAUUGAUAUCAGAGCAGCCCGAGAGCUGACCUAGAGUCCCCCAAACAACUUUUGAGAUGUUUGUUUUAGCAACCUGGGUCGCUCUAGAUCGGACUCCAAUCGCGUACUUUCGCUUUGAAAAUUUUCUCGGGUCGCACCACGAUGUACAUGCGAGUUUGUUUAUUACCACGUACCAAGUGUUCGUUUUACUCGGAGUCAGAGUCACCCGCGUGUAGGUUCAAAAACGAAAACGGUAUUAGGUUUAUUUGAUACCGAUUUACGUUAUUCCCGUGAAAUUCAAUCGAUUGACGAAUUACAUUCUCAUAAAUUGAGUCAUAUGUGCAUUUACAUCAUUUGUAAAUUUCAUCCUUUUUUGCUGUGUACGAUUGAUUUCAAAAUUUAUGGUUUAGGAAUCUGAAAACCAAUUUCAGUCACAUCCGACUGAAAUUUUCAGUAUUUCAGUACAAUUGGAGAACUCUGUUGAUUUAGAUCAGUGUAGACAAGCGCCAAAGUAUCUGAGAAAUCCACAGAGAAAUCGAGAGCAUUUAAAAACAUUUUUUGGCACUACAUCAUCAUCAUUCAAGAUAAUACAUAAUCAACAAAAGUGCGCUAAAAUACUCAGUUUGAGGCUGCCGCUCUCCAUUCUCGAUCACGCCCGAUGCUUGCCAGAUCACGUUCUACCUGGUCCGGUACUCUUACAAAAUGCCCUGCCCACCGUAAUCUCCCGGCUUUGGUCACCUUCUGGCUGCAGGGUUCACCGUAAAGUACAGCGAGGUCCUCAGCACGCGUCGCUCGAAAACUCCGGGUGCUUUCAAGUUUUCCAUGUUUCGUAUCCGUAAAGAGUCACCGGUCUUGUACAUGGUACAUGGUACAUUUGGUGCGGAGGUGAAUAUUUUUUACCGCAGGUUCUUUUGGAGCCCGUCCGACCUUUGCUGUUUCGCAUUUCAGGCGGGUGUACAGCUCUGCCACCGUUCAAAAGUUUCUGGCGGUAAUGUCUAUGUGAUGAUGAUGAUGAUGAUGAUGAUGGUCCCACCUCAUACCCCUACAAAGGUGUGAACAGAACGAGUUAUUUAAAUGAUAAUGAAUAUUUUUGCACAUAUCUUAACCAGUAAACAUAAGAAAACGAUCUGAUUAAUCUAGCAGGUAUAGAUUUUCUUCUAAACAACGACUGACCAUAAAAUAACAUUCAAAUAAAUCCGAAAUAUUACUAUCCAGGGUUAAUCAAGAAAAUUUCCAACCCGGGAAGAUCCUUGAUCACAUCAGGAUUCGAACCCGAUUUCUUUACCAGUAUCAAACAAUAAUUCGCCUGGCCCUUCCCACCGGACCAGUUCAUCGCUACAAACAAAUUGACUGGAUUUCGUGAAAAUCGUACCCCAGCUCGUCACGUCAAACCUUCCCCUUUGAGAUUCUAAUGAAAUCCUUACGUCUUAUGCAGCACUGACGUAUUCGUUUUCUCCGUUGUCUUGAACCCCCACAUCUACGUUCGCUCCGCACCUUUCCAGUCCUCAUAGAAGUGCUCUUUCCGUCUUUUAAUGAUCUAACGUCCAUCCGUCAGGAGGCUCCCGUCGUUAUCCCUGCUCAUUUCGGCUCACGGCACGAGGUCGUCACGGGAUUUGAGGAUCAGCAUCACCAUCAUCAGCAGGAGGAAUACAAUAUGAUUUCGGAAGAGAAGAACACUGUGCAAUCUCUUCCGAAAUCAUAUCGUAUUCCUCAUCCAACCAUUCGUUUCAUCGACGCUGUUCCACGUACCCGCGCUUGGAUGCGUCGUUCAUGGCUGCUUUUACUGUACUCCCGCAGUUCUCUAGGGAUUCGACAUCAAGCUCCUCGUCGUCUGGCAGCGCUGCCUCGAGUGUCUACGCGUAUGAUGUGAUGACAUCCGGUUGCUCUAGGUUGUACCGUGGCGGUUGCUGGUCCGUGCACUAUCGAUGAAGGAUCAUUUUAAGCGCAGCUUUAACAUCACCAGUGGUCAGUGUUCAGAGUCAUAGGCGCUAAGCCACGAUAGGUUCUGACGUUGACAAUGUCAGAGUAGUGCGGAUCAUGUACAGUACAUGGUUGAUUUGCGAUUCCAUCUGCUGUGAUGAUCUCCAGCUGUAAUGAUAAGGGAAGCUGUGUUGGAAGAGGGUGCUACGAAUGGUCAUAUUCUUGGAGGCGGCGAAAUCGAUGAGUCGUAGGUCGUUUUCGUUUGUCAGCUGGUGGACGCUGAACUUUCCGAUAAUCGAUCUGAGCUCCUCCUCCUCCUGACCUACAUGAGCGUUUAGGUCUCCUAUUCUUCAAGAUGAUAUUGACGUCGUGGCUGUAUAGACUUUAAAUAAGAGAAAUUUUUUUCAAGUAUGUGAAUCAUUUCGAACACCAUCAAAAUCCACUCGAGAUAACCGAUAAUUAUAAAACCGAGGGCUAAGGUAAUGUCAGAGUUAAUAUCACGCAAUUGACGUAGGACUGUAUUCGAGUAAUGUGUAAACUGUCCAUACUCACAUAUCAGUCCCUUCUGUCAACCAGCAACCAUCUCUCAAUAUAAUUCUGAUGCUCACUACUAGGUGUCGCAUGAAUUUAAUUCAAGCUGACAAUUAGUGUGUCUUUCGGAAAUUUUCAGAUAUUAUUUCAACGAAAUCAGAUUAAAAUAGUGCCUGAUCCUAUAGGUACAGAACGGUACAGUUUUCGGAUAUCAUUUUCCUAUAGAUUUAGAAAAAGUUUAAUUUGUUCCGAUCAUUCUCAGACGUUUUUGACGGUUACAGUACGAAAAAAAAACUGAAUGAAAUGAACUUCUGCUUAAAUUAGCGUCAGAUGCAAUGAAGAAAGGUAAAUUUUUCUGUUCUCCACAUAUUUUCAACUUGUACAGAUUUGUUCCAGUACAGAUUUGCUCCAGUACAAUCGGCGAACAGUGGGUUUGAAUAUGACCGAUAUGGUCAUAUUAUUAGCAAUACAACCAAUGUGUGCUUUUGUUUCGUGUAGCUUGCUGAUCGCUUUCGAUAGCGAAGUUAUCAGAACCAAGUUCAGCAGUUCACAAUCUAUAAUCGAACGAGUGUUUAUUUCCGAAACAAUUAUCAAAAGUCUGAACGAAUCUAAUUUUAAACUUUCAGCACACGCAAAUAAACUCAAAUAACUCGAAAAACAUGUAAGCAUGCUAUGUCUACUGGCAGCAGCGGCCAGGUGAAAGCUCACAAGUUAUUAGAAAGCUGUUGCUCGUUUCUUUUUCCCUUGCCAGCAGCCUCAUGUGGCGGAAAUCCAGAAACACUCAACCUAGCGUAAGCCCUUUAAAAUCCACUUGGAAACAUUAUUGGUACCAUCGAACCCAAGCAAGCUGUAGGCUUCCCUACUGAACUCCCACCGAAAAAGCGUGUGUUAUUUCAGCUUCAUUUCCAUUUUGCACGAAAGCAAUAUUGAAGGUUUAUUUUUAGUGCCAUACGCUGGAACGCGAAUGAAAGAAGGGUGCAAAAGACUUCUCCCCGUUUCACGGUCUGUGUGCACUUACACCCGUUUAUAAUUCGAUAAGAUCUGCUACCUGAGUGGAAGUUUGCUUAUAUCAAUAAUAAAGAGGUGGAUCAAAUGUGGCGCAAAAAGAGCCGCAACAGUCCAUCGCAACCUAGCAAGUUGAUGACGGUUUUCCUCUUUGGAAAAGCUAAUUCCACCUUACAGUUUGCCCUUCGUUUGUUUUAAUUGACCAGGCAGUAUUUUAAAAAUUUUAAAUACUCUUAACUUCUAGAUAAAAUAUUUCAAUGUUGUUGAUAAUUUCUAUACCGUGAAAAAUAUUUCUUCAAAAAAAGUGGGGUGGUAAUGUCAGAGACAUAACUGGAUGAAGUGAAUACGAAUAAAACUAUCACGUAUUUUUACACUUAUGAACAUCUAAAUUUGUUCUCAUAAGAUGAUAUGUUGUGUGAAUUGUGCAAGGCUUCAUUUCUUUACUUCAAGAAUUGUAACUGUGCACCUAUACUAAAGAACUACGAAUUCACGACAUAUUUAUUUUAAUAAACAAAUUAAUAAGACAGGGCAAAAGCGAGAAUAAAUUCUCCGUCUGCAGAAGUACAAACGGUUAGAAUUACAAUAAUUUUAAUGGAUUUUAAUGGAAUUCAUAUUAAAAGUCAAUUGCGCAGACUACAUGUGCUCUCUUAUUUCAUGAAUCUAAGCCUUGGUUUUAUAAUCCUGUAGUGGAAUUUGACCUUCUGUUUCAACAGACUUCACAGCCGAUUCAGUGUGUACAGAACCAUUGCAUGGCUGGUGCUACGAUUCUACUGACACUACGAAUCCUUCCAGGUCAGGGCUCGAACAUACGACAACUGGUUUAUAAGACCAGUGCCCUAUGCAUUGAACCGCCAACCCAUACUACUAACGGAUGGCAAAUAAAAUUUUGGAAUUUCUUUCUGAAGCUGUCAAAAGAAGACAAACAUACUUGAAGAUCAUCUGAUUGAUUGAAAUUAAACAUACAUUGUCCUUUUUGAAAAAAAAUAUUAGUGAACAUUUGAAAACGGUCCGUAAUCGGAUGUUCACCGAAGCUUCCGUUUGAUGUCGGAACAGGAGCGUUGUACGGCCUUCAUGUCAACUUUGCGAUUGCAUCUCUUGAUUCUUUCAAUCAACUGUUUGCAAUUCGUGGCUCUCCAGUUAUUUUUGUACACCAAGGAGCUCAAAAUCCCGAAGAAAUCUUCGAUUGGGCGACACUGAGGCAGAUUUGUCGGGCUGUGGUUUUUGGGUACAAAUGAGAUCGAAUGGGUAUUCAGGAACGAUUGUGUUUUUUUUUUGGCGUAAUGCGAUGACGCUUUAUCCGGCCAAAACACGUAUUGUCCAUCUGCAUGAUGUUUUUGAAGAAACGGGAUCAAAAUUUUCUUCAAACAUUCGUUCUGGUACACAUCUUGAUUGAUUGCCAAACCAAAGGGCUUGAACCUUUCUCGGAAAUGGCAGCAUCACUUUCUGUUCAAACUUAUGUUUAAACAUAUUUUAUGUUCGGAUGUGCAAUAGAACUAUCCGUUGAAUAGUAUCGAUCGUUUCCGGAAAUCUGCGUCUUCGAAAGAGGAAAGUAACUUUCGUCGUCCAAAACAAAACUUUUUCCGGAAUAAUUUUUAAUCAACAAGCGGCAUUGGGACAUCAGCGUCAGUGUGAAAUCUGCGCGUCAGUAUAUUCCGGGCUCGUAUCUUUUUUCGCCACUUUAUUCCGACUCUGUACUGUUUUGCAGAUGUACUGGUGAGAACAGUUAAAUUUUUUUGCGGCAUCACGUUGGCUCAGUGAAUCCUUGUUGUUGAAGGCACGAGAAAGAGAACGAAGUCCUUUGCGUCCAUAAUUUUGGCUGGUCUUCUGGAUAUUGCAAACUGUAGAAGCCGCAACAUUUUUGUUUUUGAAAUGUUGUACCGUACUAUUUGCCGAGAUUUCUGUGCAGUUCGUAGAUCUGCACAAUACGCUCGUGAAAUACUUCUUGUUUCUACGGAAUUUUGAGCAAAACUGAGCAACCAUAAACAAAACAGAAAAUACUAGCAGAAAGAGGAGAGAGAGCUAACACAUACACACUCUUAUUUUUCUCUGAGCUCGUUUGUUGCUAAGCAUACAGGCCUCGAAAAAAUUCCUAAAUUUUAGUUGCCACCCGUUAAGAUUUUCACGUUUGAGUUCUAGUAAAUCGUAUUCACGACAAAACAGUUAGUUUUUGACAUUUCGAUUAGUGUUUUAGUCGAAAUCAACCUAGUUUAUCUGAGAGCUUCUUCAAUCGGUGUAACUGCUCUAGCCUUUGUACCACCUAAGAGGUGUUAAAGGAAACAACAUCUUGAAGCGAUCGAUUAAACACGGUCCAAACUAACACCUUCCCCUGAGAAAUGAAUUUGCUGAUCAAUGUAUAUAGUUUGUAGAUUCUGGAAGGUGUUACAACAAUCGUGCACAGUGUACAUGUACAGCAUAGCUUUGUUCAAUCCGGUUUGCUCUUGAGAUCUAGAUUUCCCCAGAUUUUCAUUGACUGAUCAUUUGUGAUAUGUUUAACAAGCAAACAUAAUCAAAUAACAAUUAUUACGAAUUGCAUUUACGUUGCGUUUACCUUACUUUCUAUAAAUAUAAUAUUCUAGUUUUGGAUAUGAAAAAAUCCUUGAAACCGUGACCAUGAAACUAAUUCUUACUUUACUGUGUAUUGCUUAUUAAAUGGAAUGAUUUAUUCUGAAAGGAAAAUAUUCUCGAGAAUAAAAUGAUCUGUCAAAUGUUGGAGCAGUGUUGCGUUGAAUAUUGAUAUAAAGGCUGAGUAAAAGUAAAUUUGUUCGCACACCAAGCCGUGUCCUUCAUAAUUCAACAAGUUCAACAAGUUUUUCCCUGACAAGGAUGUUCCGUACCGUUUAAAAUUUGGCGUCAUCUCAGAUAAAAAAACCGAAGUUGGUUUUAACGUUCCUCAACACAUUGUUACGCAGCAGACGAUCCAGACCCGCUAAUUCUUUUCCACACUUAGGCUUUGAGCACUCGACAAAAUGUAGAAUUCGGCAUCUUCUGCACUUUAGCCAGCUUUUAACCGAAUUAUCCAGGUGUUUGUGCACAGUAUUUUGUCUUCGUUCAAGCUCCGUUUUAUGUUUUUUUUUCUGGACGUCAUCGAUUAAUUCCAUCAAACUUACACCAGUCGGUCGCUAUAGAAGUGUAAACAAACCACUGUCAAAUAUUUUCUAUUCCCAACACUAGGAGCGGGCUAGCGGCGCGCAAGGGACUUAUCAAUUUACUUUUAGUCAGCUUUUAUUUGUGACCUUUAGGCUUAUACCAGAUUUUAUCAUUGAUCUCCAAUGCAGGGUCCAGAAAGAGUACCGUUUUUACUUUUCUUGUUGACUACUAGAAGUAGUAAAAUCUGUCAUUUAUUGUUUUUAUCAGUUUUAUCUAUUCGAACUGAUGCGCAAAACUAUGUUCAGGGACGGAUGAAUUAAUACCGUAAAUAAUAACAAAAUUUACCGAAUUGACCCUGUUCAAUUGUAAAAAAUAAAUCCCAUUCAAAUCGAGAAACAAAUUCUUUUCGCUACUAACCGAUUAGUUCACUUUGUCGAUUAGUAGACUUGAUUAAUCGAUGUUACUGAGCAAGUUUCCGAACAACUAAUCGGUAACUAGAAACAAUCACACAUCUUUAAUUAGAAGUUACUUCGCAUAGAAGCGCUAGGUAUUGCUUACGGUAAUUAUUACCCAACUCCUGCCUCAAUAUUGAUAUUGAGCAUUUUGUUUUGUAUGAUCACACUGUAUCGCUCUUCAGAUAGCACCCGGAAUUUAUGUUUUUUUUUAUGUAGAGCAAAAACUUUGUUUUUGUCUCUUAAUAAAAAUAAUAUUUUUAACCAAUUAACGUGUUUAUUCAUAUGCAAAACAAUUCAUUUCUUUCCCUUAAUGGCUAUUCUGAGCAUUCUUCGUUCAACCGGUUCCAUUGCUUUUCGUCAUAAUUCAUCAUUCAGUCUCCAUGUUAAUUCCAAGUUCAUCCUCAGAAGAUAAGGAGGAAUUUUAUUUACCAAAAACCACAAAAAAAGCAAAGAUGAAUUGUGAACAAAAAUCCUCCCGGGGCAACAUACAUAUAAUGACAAACUUUCCAAACCCAAACAACUAUCCGCUAGCAACUGUUUACACACAACUAUGACGGAAACACUUUCCUAAUGCGAGAGCCCAUUUGAGAGCGAACCAACGGUUCAAUUCUUAGCAAGUAAAAAUCUCUAAAAAGUAUAUAAAAAAAAAACAAAGAAAAGACUGACUUAGUGCGACCGAAAAAAAACUAUUAAUUACCAAAAAUAAAAGUAGUUAGCAAGAGAAUAAAAAUUAACCUAUCGAUCAUGGGUAUUUGAAUGGGUUUUUCCAGGGCUACGGGAAGGUCACACAAAAGCCACCGCAGAUUGAGAUAACGAGCAUGACAAGAGAGAAAGAGCGAAUAACAAAUAAAAUCCUUAACAACCAAAAGCAAAUCAUUCCGCUUCACUUAGCAAUAACUUUCAAACUUAUCAGAAACAAUCUAAAAGUUCAAGGGUUUUUUUAGUCGAAGGCAACAGAUUUCUGUUGAAGAUGGUGAACCUUGCUGAAAUAAGAGUUUCAUAGAGAAAAUCAAGAAAGUACGAGAAUCAAUUUCGAUUUCAUAUCGUGUACAUUCGUUGUUUCUAUGUUCCACAAAAACAAAACAAAAACCGACAAUGGAUCAUUUUUAAAAUAAGAAAGCGUUACGAAUAUUUUUUUAUAAGCGAAAUCCCCUUGUAAAAAUGACGUUGAAAGCAAGACUUCGAAAAAGCAAAUCACAAACAAGGAAACAAAUAUGAUCAAAACAUUACAAAUGGGCUCCCGCACUAUGAAACGAUUGUUGAAUGAAGAAGUGACAUGCAAAAAAUAAAUGACUAGAAACACGUAUCCAGAGCAAAACGUACUUCUUCUGAGGGAUCGAGAAGAAUGACAAAAUGAAUGAAACUUGAAUAAGACGACUCUCAAUGAGAAUGAAUAGGCCAGUUAACACAAAAAAGGAGAACAAACUGAAGAUAACAAAAAAAACUAAGAAGAAAACUUGUUAAUAUCGCCGUCGAAUGGAAAUAUUUGUUAUUUAAAAAACCAGAAGAACUAUUUAAAAAAAAACUGCUGCGAUCCAGAGAAGAAUUGAAAUAAAUGAGAAGAGAAUCGCAGCUGUUUGAAAACAAAAUGAAGGAGAAAAGGACACUAAAAGCUGGAAGUAUAUAAAAUAAUUUAGAUAUAAUAAAUAUAUUAAUAAAAUAAAAACAUUA